UAAAGCUGAGGGAUUGUAGUGGGAGAGUCAUGUUGGAGAAUCUGGAAAUCUGUGAUUUUCUUCCCAUCUAACAUACUGCGUGCAUGAAAAAGUUCAGUUAAGUCGAAAUUGACCAGACCAAGUGUUUUUUAAUGACAUAACAAGAUCUUGUUAUUAUUUCAAAGCACUUAAUGCAAGAGCUCAGUUCACAACUAUUUUAUCAGCUGAAUAAACAACUAACCUACUUACAUCUAGUGAAAGCAGAUUAGCCACAACUACAGCCUGACCUGUAAGUCUCUUCUGUGGGAAAUCUGUGGGAAUUUUUAAACAUUGGACAGACCAGACAGAGAGUGCUGCCUAGACUCCUAACAGAAGCACUUAUAUGCCUCUACCCAAACACUGAUGCUUCCAAAUCUCAAGUUCCACAGGGCAGUAGAGUGUGUGAAGCAGUUCGAGGAGAGAAGAGUAAAAAGUAGGAUUGAUGCCAUUAAUUCUAUUCUGCACCGAAGAACUAAACUGUAAUUGGAACUGGACCCUGGGGUCAACACACAAGUGUCUGGAUGAAUGAGUGGGUGGGCCCUGAUGUCAAUGUGGUGGGACCUUUGCAGAUCCCACCCAAUGAUGGGUUCCCCAUGCCAGAGAGCUCCCAUUUUUUUGAUAUUCUGGCAGAGCACAGCAGCCCUCUGCUUCAGGAGGUCCAGGAGGUUUUGCCUUUCACCAGCUAUCCCAGCAUGCAGUACUCCGCAGUGGAGCAGUCCAUGCCAUCUCCAUCAUACUACUCCAACCAAAACUACUACCCCCAGUACAGCCCGGAGGAGUGGUACACACCAUCCACUAUGCUGGAGUUGAGGAAAGGCCCACUGGAGGGGGGCUUCAGCACAGAGAUGGAGGAACCAUCCCCCAUUGUUCCCACUGUGUACAAAAGACCCAGACAUGCUGCCCACUCAGGCAGGGUCAAAGGGGAAGAACUGUGUGUGGUGUGUGGGGACAAAGCCUCGGGAUACCACUACAACGCUCUCACGUGUGAAGGGUGUAAAGGGUUUUUCAGAAGGAGUAUAACCAAGAAUGCAGUGUAUAAGUGUAAGAGUGGAGGGAACUGUGAGAUGGACAUGUACAUGCGCAGAAAGUGUCAAGAGUGCCGACUUCGGAAGUGCAAAGAGAUGGGCAUGCUGGCAGAGUGUUUGCUAACAGAGAUUCAGUGCAAAUCCAAAAGGCUGAGGAAAAACACCAAGACCUCACUAGAAGACGGCACAGGAGACGAUACAGAGGUGGGAGACAGUGGGGAUGCUAAACAGGUCACAUCUACAACCAAAACUUUUAAAGAAAAAGUGGAGCUCAGUCAAGAGCAGCAGGCGUUACUAAAUUACAUUGUUGAAGCAUACAACAAACAUCGUGUCCCUCAGGAUAUGGCCAAGAAACUGCUGCAGGAGCACUUCAGUGCAGAGGAGAAUUUCCUGCUGUUGACAGAAAUGGCAACAAGCCACGUCCAGGUUCUGGUAGAGUUCACUAAAAACAUCCCAGGUUUCCAGUCUCUGGACCAUGAAGAUCAGAUUGCUCUUCUGAAGGGUUCAGCGGUGGAGGCCAUGUUCCUGCGUUCUGCCGAAGUCUUCACCAAGAAAAGGCCUCAGGGACAGACAGAGGUGCUGGAGGAGCGCAUAAGAAAGAGUGGCAUAUCAGAAGAGUUUAUCACCCCUAUGUUCAACUUCUAUAAGAGUAUUGGUGAGCUGCAGAUGAGGCAAGAGGAACAUGCGCUCCUCACAGCCAUCACCAUUCUGUCCUCAGACCGGCCAUAUGUGAAGGACCAGCAGGCGGUGGAGCAACUGCAGGAGCCCAUGCUGGAGGUGCUGUGGAAGUUCUGCAAGCUGCAGCACCCUCAGGACCCCCAGCACUUCGCACGGCUGCUGGGCCGUCUGACCGAACUGCGCACCCUCAAUCAUCAGCACGCCGAGAUGCUGGAGUCGUGGCGCAUGAGUGACCACAAGUUCAACCCCCUGCUCUGUGAAAUCUGGGACGUACAGUGACAUUACAGGGAGAAAUCCCAAAGACUUUUUCAAUGCUGCCAAAGAGAUGGUCUGAUUUCUUACAGAGAUAACUUGUUGAGAUUGAACAUGUGGCUAUAAUACAGAGCCUGAGCAUGUUGUCAAGCCUGUAUAAUGCAGUUCAGCAGUGACUGUAGGACAGAUUGAAUGGUCAUCCCUGAAUGUCAUCCAACAGUUAGACGAAUGAGAUUUGUAAGAGAUAAUCAUGAAAUAAAUGCCAUUAUUAAUGUGUGUGUGGACUUGUAGACACUGGAGGAUAUGUAUCAUAUAUUUUAUGUUUUUAAAGUGUUUUAAUUCAAUCUAAUGAUCAAAGGCACCAUAACUUAUAGUACCAUUUUUGCCAACUGAAUUCAAUGUCAAAUGAAUAUGUAGAUACAUAUUAUCAUUUUUUUUAUAAAAAAAGAGUUAUUAUUAUUAUAGGUUAA